AUGAAGCUGACCAUUGCUACCGUCCUAGCGAGCAUACUGCUCAUUGGCUUUGCCAAUACCGCCAGCGGUACAGACUGUGGUUGCCCACCGUCGACAACGUCUUGCGCUCCACCGACAACGAAGCCCCCACCAACAACUUGCGCGCCACCAGUAACAACCCCGUCAACCUGUAAGCCCCCGACAACGAAGCCCCCACCAACAACUUGUGCUCCAUCGGUAACGACCCCGUCAACUUGUAAACCACCGGUGACUACCCCAACUACCUGUCAGCCACCCACCAUUCCUACAAAACCAACAAAGCCUACCCUACCGACGAAACCAACCAAACCUACCAAACCUACCAAGCCUACCAAGCCCACCAUCCCCACAAAGCCUACCAAACCCACAAAACCCACCAAACCUACCAAACCCACCAAGCCAACUGAAUGCACCGAACCCACAAAACCAACAAAGCCUACCAAACCAACCAAACCCACCAAACCCACCAAGCCAACAAAGCCAACCAAACCCACCAAGCCGACUAAGCCCACAAAACCCACCAAACCUACCACAACCAAGCCCACCAAACCCACCAAGCCAACAAAACCAACCAAACCCACCAAACCCACCAAACCCACCAAAACCACCAAGCCUACCAAGCCCACCAAUCCUACCAAACCCACCAAGCCAACCAAGCCAACCAAGCCAACCAAGCCUACCAAGCCCACCAAACCCACCAAACCCACCAAACCCACCAAACCCACCAAACCCACCAAGCCUACCGAGCCGACAAAGCCAACUAAGCCUACCAAACCCACAAAGCCCACCAAACCCACAAACCCCACCAAACCCACUAAGCCAACGAAACCCACCAAACCAUGUGGUUGCAAGGAAUGCGGUCCAGGCGGUGAGCCAUGCCAAGGAUGCCCCGGAAGGGAGCCUCUCUGCCAGGAGCUCAUCAACAUGGUUCGCAGCCUGGAGCGCAGAAUCCGGCAGUGUGUGUGCGGUGAAAAGCAAUGGAUGUUGUAAGACGACUAGAAAUUGU